CCGGCGCGAGCAGACGUAGUCAUGUGCGCGCGCCCGUACCGGCGGCCCGCCGGCGCCUGAGCGCUGCCGACGCCUCGGAUGAGAUGCGGGAUGCGCCGGGCUACCGUCCGCCUGCUGCUCCUGGUCCUGCUCCUCGCUCACGCAGGCGGUGGUCGCGAGGCGGAGCCGCCGCAGCCGCAGACGCAGCCGGAGCCGUCUUUCGACCCGUCGACGCCGCUCAACGUGACAGCGCUGGUCGGAAAGUCUGCGAGACUCACCUGCCGAGUUCGCAAUCUGGGCAACCGCACGGUGUCAUGGGUGCGACAUCGGGACAUCCACAUCCUGACGGUGGGUGGCUACACGUACACGAGCGAUCAGCGCUUCGAGGCGAGCCACGAUGCGGCGCGGCGCGAGUGGUCGCUGCACAUCCGCUGGGCGCAGCGGCGCGACGCCGGCAUCUACGAGUGCCAGCUCAGCACGCAGCCUGUGCGCAGCCUCUUCGUUCACCUCAGCGUCGUCGACGACCCCGGCGCCAGCGUCAGCCCACCUCGGAUGAACGACGAGCCUCGUCGUGACGACGAGCUCAGCUGGCGGCGCUUCGUCCACGACAGCCGCUCUCCAGUUCCGACGGCGGUCAUCCUGGGAGGCCCGGACAUCUACGUGAAUAAGGGCAGCACCAUCAACCUCACGUGCACCAUCAGGAACCCCCCGGAGCCGCCUGCCUACAUCUUCUGGUACCACCACGACAAGGUGAUCAGCUACGACUCGGCGCGGGGCGGCGUGUCGGUGAUCACCGACAAGGGCGAGGUGACGACCAGCUACCUGCUGGUGCAGGACGCCCACCCGAGGGACUCCGGCGACUACUCGUGCCGGCCCAGCAACGCUGACGUCGCGCGCGUCACAGUCCACGUGCUGCACGGGGAACGCCCGCAGGCAAUGCAGACGGCGGCUGGCGCCGCGGGCAGCGGUUGGCGGCUGCUUGCGCUGCUGCUGGCGGUGGCUCUGGCGGGACGCGCCUUCUGACUGCCUGGUGUGCGCCCACAGUGUUGUGUCUGCAGUGAAACCAACUUAGACAGUAGACUUGUUUCAGGACAAUGAAAAUACCGUUUAAUGUGACAAUUAUGCAAGAGGCAUUACUUGUAGGUGUUAUUCUCAACUGUAAUUUCUUACGUUCUCGAAGAUUCUGUUUAUAAAACUGCCCAGUACAUCUUUACUCCCACACUCCGUAAACCCUUUUUCUACAAUUUGUUUUAGUGCCUGUGACUUAUACCGAUAGUGUAAGAACGAUUGCGUGGCAGGAACUGUUGUAUGUAACUUAUGUCUACUAUUGACAGGUAAUCGUUUACCAAUAAAUGUGAAAGAAUGAGUCUGA